GCCAGGAAGCGACCGGCCCACGGCAGGCCCUCGAGCUGACAUGGCGCCGGUGUUGCCUAAGUCAGUUCGAAGAAUGGCUAGUGCAGCUCGAUAUAACGCUGCAGGACCAGAUCGAGCAGAUUCCACCCACACAGAGUUCGACGCCCUCUCCACCGCCGACCGAGCAGAUUCCACCCACGCAGCGCUCGACGCCCUAUCCAUCGCCGACCGAGCCGAUUCCAUCCACACAGAUCCCACCCACGCAGAGUUCGACGCCCUCUCCAUCGCCGACCGAGCAGAUUCCACCCACGCAGCGCUCGACGCCCUCUCCAUCGCCGACCGAGCCGAUUCCAUCCACACAGAUCCCACCCACACAGAGUUCGACGCCCUCUCCGC